GGUGACCGUGACCACUGAGAAGAGGUGACUGCUUACGGUGAUGAAAAUCAUAGCGAUUACACAAUUCGAGACUUUGGCAACCGACCGCUAAAUACGGUGCGGCUCGAUUACAGGUUCGAGUGUAAUAUUUUUGAGCUAGUUUUUUUAACAUAACGUGGUCAAUUAUGGCAUAAAAAGGGGAUUUGUAUCGUUUUCUUAAGCAACCCUAAUUCUGUGGAACCGGUGUUGAGUGGUCACCCCGCUGGAGGGACCGCUAAAAUGAAUGCAGUUUCCACGAUCUCACGUUGAUGUUUUCUGACCAUACUUGUUGUGUAUCGCAGGCGAAUCCAGUAAGAGAGAAUAGUUUUGCGAGAAUCUUUCAAGAAUAGUUCCCAGAAGAAACGUGCCUUUCGUGAUGUUCUACCGUCUCAAAAAACGUUGAGCAGAUAAUGAGUACAAGAGCUACAUCAACAGCUUUUUCAGACUUGAUUCUGGCUGCUUGUUCACUGUAUACAGCCUUGAAUGUCCGCGAGAUGUCUGGUUGUGCGGCUUUGGGUAUGGUUUGUGUUGCAAUAGCUGCCUCUCUUGGAGUUCUUAGGUUUGGUGUCGUCUUCCCGAACUUUCAAUCUAAAGUGAUUCGAUUGCAUGAACUGUUCGCAUGGAUUGCUGCAGUUUUAGGUAUUCCUUUUAUUGGAGCAGGAUUUUGUUUUUAUCACCACAAACCUGCCAAUGCCAAGUUUCAUCUGAUGAGUUCUGUCAUUGGUCUUGUCAUUUCGUUUGUCCACAAUCCAGUGGAAGAGAUGUUGACAAAGAUAGUUAGCACUCUGGCUGUGUUGGGAAUAAUUUUUGUGACAUUCAUGAGUUCAAACUUCUAUGCAACUGCUGGAGCUCUUGCUUAUGGAUUAGCAAGUGCAGUUGAGUCCAUCAGUUUUCUUGGUUUGCCUGGUGUUGACUGGUUUCAUUACAUAUUGGCUGGAGGAAAUCUCCUUUUAAUGCAUGGUUUUAUCAAAUAGAACCAUGAAUUGACCAAAAAAAAAACCCAGACAAUAAAGCUGAGGAUUUUAAGCCCGUGAGAAGGAAGCUUCAAUGGAGGACAGGAGAGACACGUUUCCUCAUUUUCAGAUCAAAAGAAAAGGACAUAGCACGAGUAAGGAUAUCAACUUUUGUUGUUCUGUUCUUUCAAAUUCUGACAUGUUUUGCACAACAUCAAAGUUUGUUUGCUGGCUGAACAGACCAUGAUGAGAAAGAGGGACUACUCCUUGUCAACUGACACUAGUUAUCACUAUGAAUGAAUUAGAGAGCCUAUAAAAAUUAUGUACUUAAUUUUUAGCAAAUUUUAUUCAAAGCAAGACCUCAGCAACUCCAGUAUAGUGUAAUUCCUCUGUGAUCUGUACCUCCACACUCUUCCUAAAACAAAAUACUGGUAGCAUAUAUGUGCACGAUCCUUUGCAGUAAAGCACUAUUUAAGUAAGCAAUAGUGAAAAUCAGACCUGAAAAAAAUUC